CGGCCUUGAUUCAUUGUUUUUUUCUGUUUUGUUUACACGAAUCUUGAUAUAUAGUCAAAACAAAAUCAACAUAGCUAAAUAAUUGUCUGGAAUUGAAAUGAAUACUGAUCAUCAGCAGCAUAAUAUUCGAAUGGCAACUAAUGUUACAGGUAAUCAUCAACAUCGACGAUUAUCAUCACCACAAAUAGCCAUCACAACCAACAAUGAUAACAACAACAACAACAACAACAUGGAUCUAAUGAAUGAAAAGACAAAAAUUUUUUGCGAACGUAUAUCACAAGUAUAUGAUCGAUUAAGAAAUGAUUUUAAACAGAUGCGAUUAUCAGCGCAAUCUACAACAAACACUGUGGAUAAUAAAGAUGUAACAUUUAUCGAUCAAAAUAACAACGAUAUUGGUACAAAAAUAUCGAAUCAAAAUGAUAAAAAAUUAUCAAAUGAAGAUUCGGAAUUGGAUCAACAACAACAACAAGCACCAAUUGAACUAAAUGAUCCAUCAUGGCAAGAAAAACUUGAUAAACAUCUUGAAUAUUUAACAAAUCAAAUGUUUCGUAAAUGUUUACAACGUAAUGGUUAUAAAACUAAUGAUAAUAAUUGGUUUAUAGCAAAAGGUGGUUUUGGUUCAGUAUUUCGUAUUGAACGUGAUGAUAAUCGUUAUGCAUGUAAAGUUAUAUCGAAUGUUAUGCAAAAAAUUCAAUCAUCACAACAACAUAAAAAUAUUAAUAACAAUAACAACAACAACAACAACAACAAUGUACUGAAUACAACUAAAAUGCGAUCUCGAUUCUAUAAUGAAGUUAAUAUUAUGCGUCGUGCUAGUCAACAUGAAAAUAUUGUUACCCUAAUUGAUUAUUUUGAAAAUGAUUGUUCAUUGAAUGAAAAUCAAAUUGUUGACAACAUUAACAACAAUCAUUGUGAUCCGGAUCAAUCGGCUGGUGAUGAAAUGGCUUUACAACAACAACAACAACAACAGAAACAACAGCAACAACAACAACCAUUAUUUAAAUGUUGUUUUAUCAUUAUGGAAUAUGCUAAUUCUCAAACAUUAAGUCAUUAUCUGAAAAAAUAUCGAAAAUUAAACGAAAAUAUUUGUCGAUUAGUUUUUGCCGAUAUGAUUAGUGCCGUACGAUAUCUACAUGGACAACGAAUUGUACAUCGAGAUAUAAAAUUAAGCAAUAUGCUUUUACAUCGUCCUGCAAAUAAUAAUCGACAAAAUGAUCGUUUUAAUUUUAUUGUUAAAUUAUGUGAUUUUGGUCUUAGUACAUUGGUUGAUCGUAAUGAUGAAAAUUUGGAAAACAACAAUCGAAAUUAUACGAACAACAACAACAACAAUGGUAGUAGUAAUAGAACUGAUGAUGAACGAGAAAUAUUUUUCAAACCAGUUGGAACAUCAAUCUAUAUGGCACCGGAAAUAUUACGUUCAUAUUAUUUUUAUUCAAAAAAAGAUAUCGAUAUGAUUAGUCCAUAUUGUGCAUAUAAAGGUGAUGUUUGGGCAUUAGGUGUUUGUCUUUUUUAUACAUUACAUGGUUUUUAUCCAUUGGAUGUUGUACGUUUUAAUACAAAACAAGAACGAAUUGAAGCAUUAAAACAAAUAUUUGAACCAUCAAAUGAAUGGCAACAACAACAACAGAAAUAUCAUUGUAAUAAUGAUUCAUCAUAUACACGAACAUAUAGUAGAAAUAUAGAGAAAAGAUUACGAAAUUAUAAUUAUCGUCUUAGUUCUAAUUGUAGAGAUUGUUUAUCAUGGAUGUUGGCCGUACAACCAUCAAAACGAGCUACAAUCGAUGAAAUUGGUGAACAUCCAUUCAUAGCUCAUGCUUUUAAUAAUAACAAGAACAACAACAACAACAACCGUCGUAACAAGGCAUAUAUUAUCUGAAGAAAAAUUUGAUCAUCUCUAUUAAAAAACGAAAAA